AUGUUUGGUCUGUUAUUUCCUAACGGCGAGAGGGAAAAGCCAUCAAAGAGCUUUACCUCUACCUCAACUUCCAUGUUGUCGUCCUUCUUCACCAACCACCGCCGUGUCUUUGCACGCCCUUCUCAAGCAGAACCGCCUGCGCCGUCACCUUCACCUCUCAAAUCGAAGGAUAUCGAGGAGUCACGAAUUCUUUCCCGAGCUAAACCGCCUGCGCCGUCACCUUCACCUCUCAAAUCGAAGGAUAUCGAGGAGUCACGAAUUCUUUCCCGAGCUAAACCGCCUGCGCCGCCACUCACAUCUUCACCUGAUCCUCUCAAACCGAGGGAUAUCAAGGAGCCACCUAUUUUCAGCGCCAGCUCUUUCCUCAGUUUACCGUCGGUCGCUGACCUGAUCCGUGCCACUGAACACGUAGCUCCUCCAGCUCUUCGACGAAGCACAAAACGGCACCUUGAGCCAGACGAGGAGGAUCGUUCACUGUCGACUAAGUUGACUGCAUGUUCCCCAGCUUCCAAGCGUCGCCGCACGGACUUGUGCGAAUCGGACCCUCCUCAAGGCGUCGUUGUAGCGGCUCCCACAUCUCCAUCCGUUGCAUCCGCUCCCUCAGCAGGCGAGGAACAACCCGAUGAAAUCUUGUAUCGUACUGGAUUUGAACCUCAUGCCAUAGGUAUAUGGAUUGCCGAACUACUUAAUGAUAGGUUCUCCACGUCAGCUUUACUUGAGAAUGACGAUUCAUUUUUGACCACCCUUUUCAUGAAACAACUCUCCAAUGAUCUUAUCGAACUUAUUCAUUCUCUCAAUCCCUCCAAUAACACGAUCUUUAUCGGUCUCGUCUAUCUUGAAAGACUGAUGAGAAAUACUUCCUUACGAGGGAUGGGUACUCAGAAGGAGCGGCUUGAGAUGAUGAAACGGACGUUCAUAAUGGCACUUCAUCUAGCGUUCACGUGGACGGACGAUGUCCCUUGGUCUCUCGCGUACAUAUGCCAGAAGAUGGAUCUGACCCUUCAGAAAGCGAAACGAUGGGAAAUUGAGGCGUUGACCAUUCUCGAGUAUAACCUGGCCAUCUCACGGGCAACAGCGUUGCGUUGGCUUGACGCACUCGAAGAGCAUGCUCAUGAUAUCAUCUUCCAGCCGAACCUUGCCCAAGCACUUCAUGGCAUAUUCGAGGCCGCAAGAGAGGCGUUUUGGAAGUGCGGAGAGGUUAAGGACCGUGCUCGUGCGGUGGCGUCCUCAGGUUCACCUUUGCCUGUUCCACGACUUGUUACUGCGCCUCCUGCCCAGCCGGAUUUGGGUUUUUCGCGUUCGAGGUCUCCGAUAUUUGGGGGAGAUUUAGAAACUAUGCCCUCCUCGCGUUAUAUUAUUGAUAUAGUUGAUGAGCAACCUGCUCUACUACACCGCUCUUAUAACUCUGUGGAUUCAUCCCGGACAUCGUGGAGUCGAACGGUCGAUUCUGAAGCUUGGGAGUGGUACUACGAGAGUGAUCGUCUUUUUCCGAGCCUCCAUCAGCCUCAACCAGUUUACCCACCUUAUCAACUCUCGAUGCUCGCCGCGGUUGCUUGA